GUAUUGAACUAUAUUUUGUCUUCAGCAAUUAACUGCCAGUCUAAUUCAUGCCAGUCAUUAAUGUGUCAGAAUGGAGGACAGUGCCUCACCACAUCAGAGUCUGCAAGAUGUGAAUGUCAGACAGGAUUCACUGGUAACACAUGUGAAACCAACAUCAAUGACUGUACUGUUCCAUCACAACACCUGUGUCAGAACAAUGCCCUGUGUAUUGAUGGACUGGGUAACUACACCUGCCAAUGCCUGUCAGGGUGGGAGGGCCCAUACUGUGAAAAGGUGCUUAGUGUAGUUAAUAUUUGUUAUUUUUACUUUAAAUCAAGCUUAACUGAUAAUUUGAAUCAUAUUCAAACCUCAUAAAUAAAUUUCAAAUGCCACAAAAUUUAAGUCAAAUCUUACCAUUAAAUGUAAAGAUAUGUAAAUGUUUAUUUGCAACUAUUGAAUUUUCAUUUUUAAAAAAACAAACAUGACUUAUUGUUUAUAAUUUAUUUUUAAAUUUAAUUGUUCAUCUUUAUGUUAACUGUCUUUAUGAUCCCUCAGGAGAAAAAUGAAUGUUUGUUAGAUCCUUGUAAAAAUGGAGGCAACUGCACAGAUUCCUUUGACAGUUUCAAAUGUGAUUGCCCUUUGACCUUUACUGGUCCAACAUGUGGCCUAGAUGUUGAUGAAUGCAACAUGACAACAUCACUCUGUCAGAAUGGA